AUGUCCCUCCCCCGUUCCAGUCAGCCUUGGAAGGGGGAGCCUUUCCUAGUGGGGGCAGUCAGGUGGCUGUGGAAGAACUACCAAUAUGUGCUGGCCUUCCGCUUUGCCAUCCAGGAGAUCAAUAAGGACUCCCAGCUCCUCCCCAACCUGACCCUUGGUUUCAAAUUCUUCAAUGCCUUUGCCAGUGAACAGUACACCUUACUGAGCAUAGUAUAUUGGUUGAUUGGGAUUAAUGUGCCUUUCCCUAACUACACCUGCCAUACACAAGGGAGACACGUUGCUGUCAUUGCUGGAACUACAUCAGCAUUGUCUGUUGAGUUUGGAACGCUUUUGGAGCUCUACAAAAACCCACAGCUCACCUAUGGCCCUUUUGAUCCCAUGCUAAAUGAUAAAGAUCAGUUUCCCUCACUCUAUCAGAUGGCAACCAGUGACAGCUCUUUGGGCCAUGGAAUGAUCUACUUGUUGCUGCAUUUUGGCUGGACUUGGGUGGUGCUCUUUGUGUCUGAUGACAUGAAAGGAGAGCAGUUCCUUCAGUAUUUUGAAGCAGAGAUGCUCAAGAAAGGUAUCUGUGUGGCCUUUACAGUUAAGCUCCCUGUCACAAAGAAGUUGUAUGGGUAUGGUGAUCUCACUUUCAUGAGUAGCAUCAGAGUUUCAUCUGCAAAUGUGCAUAUACUCUAUGGUGAUGUAAGAGGUCUCAUCAGUGUGGACAUUUCAGUGCAGUCCUUUGUAACCAUCGGGAAAGUGUGGAUCAUGACAUCAAAGUGGGAUCUUGUUAUGUCUGAGACAAACCACAUGUUGCAUUCUUUGCACGGAGGCUUCUCAUUUUCACCCCACAAGGAAGAAAUCCCUGGCCUCAAACAUUUUGUCAAGAUGGCAAACCCUUCCCACUACCCAGAAGACUUUUAUUUCAGUAAAUUAUGGCUUUUCCAUCUGCACUGCUCACUUGAAGGAUCAUUUUGUGGACAUAUUGGAAGCUGCCCACCAAAUACCUCCUUAGAGUUUCUUCCAGGACAUAUUGACUUGCUGACCAUAUCUGACUCCAGCUAUUUAGUCUACAAUGCUGUCUACACAGUGGCCCACGUCCUCCAUAAAAUGAUUUUGGAGAAAGUAGAAAUGGGAUCUCCAGGAGAAGCAAUACAACCUAUGAUUCUUCCCUGGCAGACCCCUCAAUCUGUGUGUAGCCAGAGCUGUGGUCCAGGAUUCAGGAAAAUGUCACAGGAAGGAAGACCUAUCUGCUGCUAUACUUGUGUUUUGUGUCCAGAGAAAGAAAUUGCCAAUCAGACAGAUGCAAAGCAGUGCAUCCCAUGUGAAGAUCACGAAUACCCAAACCAGGAUAGAAGUCGCUGCCUCCCUAAGUUGAUGACGUUCUUGGCCUUUGAGGAAUCUCUGGGGAUGGCUCUGGCCUGCAUGGCUCUGUGCUUCUCUGUCCUCACAGCUGCGGUCCUCUGGAUCUUUGUGAAGCACCAAGACACUCCCAUAGUCAAGGCCAAUAACAGGACCCUCAGCUACAUCCUGCUCAUCACCCUCCUCCUGUGCUUCCUCUGCUCCUUACUCUUCCUUGGCUGUCCCAACACAGCCACCUGCCUCCUCCAGCAAAUAGCAUUUGGCCUUGUGUUCACAGUGGCUGUUUCCACUGUGCUGGCCAAGACCAUCACUGUGAUUCUGGCCUUCAAGGUUACAAAACCUCGCAGAACUGUCAGGCGAUUGUUGAUAUCAGGAGUUUCUAACUCUGUCAUUCCCAUCUGCUUCCUCCUCCAACUGAUUCUCUGUAGCAUCUGGCUGGGAAUCUCUCCUCCCUUCAUUGAGUUAGAUACACACUCUGAGCCUGGCCACAUCAUCCUGGUGUGCAAUAAGGGUUCGGUCACUGCCUUCUACUGUGUCCUGGGCUACCUGGGUUCCAUGGCCCUGGCCAGCUUCACUGUGGCUUUUCUAGCCAGGAAUCUGCCUGACACUUUCAAUGAAGCUAAGUUCCUUACAUUCAGCAUGCUGGUGUUCUGCAGUGUCUGGGUGACCUUCCUUCCUGUCUACCACAGCACCAAGGGGAAGGUCAUGGUGGCUGUGGAGGCCUUCUCCAUCUUGGCCUCCAGUGCGGGGCUCCUGGGCUGCAUCUUUGUCCCCAAGUGCUAUGUUAUUCUCAUAAGACCUGAGAUGAACUCUUUGAAAGGCUUAAAGAAUAAAAGCAAGUUCUAA